CAUCUGAUCAAGCUCCUUCAGUUUUGUCUUUUUCUGCUAUAGAUAUCUAUGUCUUCACGCCGAAAGCCUCAAGUAGUAGGCACAAAGCUAAAGCAGACGACGCUUACAGGGGGUUUCAAUUCAUCACCAUCGAGCUCUCCACAUAAACCUUUACCUCGGUCAGCUCUCAUUCAGAAGCGUAGACGCCCUUCUCCAUCUUCAAGCUCAAAUCAUGAUGGCGACAUCUUGUGCACUGAUAGUGAUGUGGCAACCGUCCGAUUUGAAAAAUCCAGAAAAAUCCGUGACGAGGAUGAGUCUCCGAAACGACCAUCAACCAGAAAGCGUUUAAGACGCUCUCAGGUCAUUGACGAUGAUCAUGAGCCCGAACGGGGUGUUUCAUCAUCCGAUGAGAGUGCUGUCGGUGUCCCUGUCCACUGGAAAGGAAAACAAAAAGCACGCGCGUCGCGAGUUCUGGACGAAUCGGAUGACGAGCAACCUCGUAGGUCGAAGUUGGUCAAGGGCCAAAGACCUGAAUCUCAGGAAGACGAAGACUUGGAUAAUGAAGUAGACGAGAAAGAUAUUCUCGACACGCGUCUAAGAUCGCGUGGCAAAAAGACACCCUUUCAACGAAAUCUGGAUAGACUUAGGAGGAAAAGGCAAAAAUCCUCGCCGGAACAUGACACCUUAAGUGACGAGUCGGCUGCGAGCGAAGCGACCAGCGAUGACAAAGUCGCCCCAUUUAAAGGCGCUAAACCUAGCACUUUUGUUCGCUCUGAGUCAGCUAGCUCCGCUUCCUUGGAAGAUGAGGACAAUUUUAUAGUAGAGGAUGACGAUCAGGGAGGCCCAACCUACCUACCAGCGAUGUUCAGCAUGAACACCUACCAAGAUCUUGCACAUCACUUCAAGAUCAUUUGCCAACUAUUCGUUCACAUGGCCGUGCGACCUGUGCAUGAACGCCGUACCUUUAUGGAACAAAUGAUGCGAACAAAUGAAUACUUCUCUGUCCCACUUCAGGUCACUCGUAGGAAGUUAUCAGGACUUCGUGAUUCACUCGUCACCUCAUCUGUCUGGAAACCCGAGUUUAAACAACCUCUGGAAACUUAUCCAGGCUUUGAGAAACUGCAGCUACACUACGUGGUGCCAGGAUGCGAUGCGUGUCAGCUGGGUGGUCGGAAAUCGACAUUACUAGGAAGGGUGACCGGCCUUGCUUACAACAAACUUGAUUUUGAGCCUGAGUCUAGUUCUGAUUCGGACUCGGACAGUGAGAGCGAGUCUGAGGUCAAGAAGGAAUUUAACUUGGGGAGAUUUUGUGCUGCGCGCACAGAAGUUUUCCAUGAUUUUAACCAUUGGGAGCAUCGAUUAUACCAGGCACUGCUCUUUGAAGUCGAUAACCUACGCAACACCGGCUUAGGCUUUGUCAAGGUGGCAUUUGCUGGAGGCGUACGGCCCCCAGAGGAUGUACAAGAUGGAGAUGCUGUGAUGGAAUGGCUCGAUCAACGCAAUGUUAUCGACAUUCAGUGGCAGCUCGUUCGAGGAAUGAUGGACCGUGCAAGAAACCUGGAAGUAAGAUCAAAGAAAGGCGAAGACGCAGACUAGGCUUAAUUAACGUUUGAGGAACUUAUUGUACUUGGCGACUGCUAAAGCUCUGUUCUAGCAUACUUGCGCUUCGGUUCUCUUCAUUGUCUAACCCAACGGUUAAAUGUACUGUUGGGGGGAUAGUUGUCAAGGAAUUCCUAUUGUGCUGUCGAUAGUUUGUAAUUUUUUGAAUAUUGGGUAGUUCGCUAAUGGC